UUAGUGCAAUUGUGCUAACUCUUACUCUAACAUUACCUCCAUUUCAAUUUGCUCUUCCACCAAAAACUCAACGAGCAACAGAACAACCAUGCUUGAAACACAAACUAGUCACGAUCGAGUUACCGAUCUCAUGGCGUUCGACGAAGGAAAAACCGGGGUUAAAGGCCUAGUCGAUGCAGGAACAACAAGUAUUCCUACCAUUUUUGUUCGGCCACACGAGGAUCGAUCCAAGGAUUUUAGUCCAUGUCCUCAAAACAUAAGUGUACCCGUCAUAGACUUUACUCAUGUUAAUGAAAGUAUCGAUCGAAAGACAAAGAUUGUAGAAGAAAUCAUGUGUGCAUCAAAGAAAUGGGGGUUUUUCCAAGUGGUAAAUCAUGGGAUUCCUUUGGAAUUGUUAGAAAAUAUGAUUGAUGGAACUCGAAUGUUUCAUGAACAAGAUGUUGAGGCUAAGAAGAAGUUCUAUAGUCGCGAUUUCAAAUCGAAGAAGGUUGCUUAUUUUUCUAACCAUGAUUUGUAUGAUUCAAAUGCUGCAAAUUGGAGGGAUAGUUUGUUUGUUAACACUUUAUAUACUGCUGGUGAAGUUGAUCCUCUUGAGUUGCCUCCCAUAUGCAAGGAUGUGAUAUUGGAGUAUGUAAACCAUAUUUUUAAGCUUGGUGAUCUCAUACUUAUGUUACUAUCAAUGGGUCUUGGACUCAAACCAGAACAUCUGGGAGAACUAGAAAGUACUAAAGGUUGGGGACUAAUUUGUCACUACUACCCUGCAUGUCCAGAGCCACAUCUAACUUUAGGAAUCAAUGGACAUGCUGAUAUCUCAUUCUUCACAAUACUAUUGCAAGAUCAAAUUGGUGGACUCCAAGUUCUUCAUGAAAACAAAUGGGUUACUAUUGAGCCUAUUACUGGUGCCUUGAUUGUUAACAUUGGAAAUGCACUUCAGAUUAUUUCUAAUGACAUGCUGAAGAGUGUCUAUCACAGAGUGAUUGCGAAAAAUGUUGGACCAAGGAUUUCUAUUCCGUUGUUUUUCAACGGUUUUUUCUCAUCUAAAAAGAUAUAUGGUCCGAUUACGGAACUAACAUCUGAAGAAAAUCCGCCCAUAUAUAGGGAAUUCACACUUGAAGAGCUUCUUACUUACUUCUUCUCCAGGUCUCUUGAUGAUCUAGGAAUUGAUCAUUUCAAAUUGCAGUGUUCUGAAGAUGGCAAUUAAGUUUAAAGUAACUUGGGAUGAUUUUAAAACCUUGAAUAUAAGUGCCUAAUAAAUAACCUUAAUUGAGAGGCUUUGGUUUGCUAGAUUUUUCCCCAAAUGAGCCACAGAGGCAUUAUUAUAAUUUAUAAAUAGAGAUUAAGGAAUUUGAAAUUGUGACUUAUCAUACACAGGUUCUCAAUCUUUACUAGUUACUAUGUUGUAUGUCAAGAUAUUAUAAGUGGUUUGUAUUGCUAUAUGAAUUUACAAGUACUUAUGCAUUGUACGCGAUGCGUGUAUGACAUUUUAUAUGAAAAUUGUAAUUUUAUAAAAGAA